AUGCCAUUCAUUCCCCAAGAUAUUCAAGAUGAAGUCUUUUCAUUUUCGCUCACCAGCGGCGCGCCCUCUUUGCUGAGUAGUCCCAGCUCAUUUGAAUCGAGCAUAAAUCGCACACUGGAUGAGAAUUUCCCAACAGAAUCUACGGGAUACGGCACCGUAGCAACCGAAGACGAUGAGCUUUUCCCUUUCGACGCUGAACCACCUAUGAUCACCACAUACUACAAUGCUUCAACGAUAGGCGACAAAGGGCCAGUACUGAAGUCGCCUGCUAUCCAAGAACCAGACAUCUUCGCAAAUGCGGCUCAAGACAGCUACAGAGUAUGGCUAGCGGGUGUAUAA